GGAACCAAAAAAAGCUCAAGGCGGUUAAGGGACAGUUGUUUCCUGUUUUACAGGCUCCAAACGGAGGAAUGAGAAUUUGGGAACUCCUCCAAGACUCCAAGAGCCACAAAGAAGCCAAGGUGACGAAGAGCUGUCUCAAGCAUUUCCAGUAGAGAUUUUUCCUCCCGACUCGACUUCCCUCAAAGUGCCAGAAGCAGAGCCAGAGGCCCAAGGAAGCGACGUUCCAAAACAGAAUGUGACUGUCAUCCACGUGCAGCCGGCUAAACACAGCAUCCACAAAACAUCCCCAAAAACUCAACCGUUUGUCUUGCAUACAAGAGAUCCUCUGUCAACUUCAGCCUGUCCAACAGAGACUGUUUUGCCAGUAAGGAAUGAACUUUGCAUGCACUACACAGUGUCCUGAGAAGGCGAGAAGGAUGAGGGGCCCAGGCAUCCUCCUUUUCCAGGACAUGUCCUACAUUUCAACCUCCUGACCAGGAGGAAUCCCAAAAUGUCCUCCAUUACGAACAUGACUUAGAAGCAUGAAUUUACAUUAGUGUAUUUUGUUUUUAUUUUGCAAAGUCCUACAUUUUUUUGAAUGUCCUAGAUUUCAGGGUAUCUUUUCCAGUGUUUCCAUACUGAAGGUGUUUCCUUUGUUUUUGAUCAGGAAAUCCAGCAAUUCCCAGUUUCACCAGCCCCAUACAUUGUUGGCCCUGGUGAGGAAUUCAUGAUCACCCAAUGGUCUCCAGUUGUGAACUACCCUCUGUCCAGUUCAACAAGCACCAUAGGUGAAGAAUUGGACGUACCCAUUCUUUUUGAGCAGUCACAAUUCAGCAUAGAGGAGAAAAAUGAAUGGGUACAUAAAAUGUGCCAGAAGUUCACCAAUCUGCCUUCUCAAAUACGUGACCAUAUGACAAAGGCCGUGGCCCAGAGGCAUUUGUUUAGUGUUGUAGAACAUUGCUUUGAAUCGGACGAAGAUGAGUGUAUUGAGUUCUUGGUUCAGAUUGUUAAAUCUCCAAAAUGCAAUCUGGAUAUCGUGAUCCGAUUCCUUUAUGACAAGGCAAAUGAAGGCAGCUGGCUGCCGGAGGAGGGUGCGCAAAAGCUAAGAGCCAAGGUGAAGGCAGCAAGAUACCUGAUAUCAAUCAUAAAGUAUGUCUGUGAUCCCAGAAGACUGAUGUUCUGGUAUGAUUUGUUAUGUUCUAUGUAUAUGAACAUUUUGAACAAUCAGCCCAUCAGAUCUGAAGAAGAUGGUGUGAAGGACAAGGAAAUAUACCUACGGCCAGGGGAAAUAGCACACAUUAUCAGAAUUCUGAAAGACAAGCAGCAAGAAUACAUAAGCCAGAUUUUACCGGAUGUUGCCAAUUGAAGCAGAUGUUCCUUUUGCCCAAGCUUUCUACUGUGCUGCUACUUGCCGUGUCUGGUGAAGGAGGCUGAUCCCAUUACAACACUCUGUUGAGUCAGAGUCUUGUCCUUCGACUAGCCCUACUAGCAUGCAAGCAUGGACCAGUAGGGCAAUAAGUCAAGCCAGGAAGGUGGAAUGAGACAAGCCAGGAUGGAGACUCCCUCUCUCCCUUGCCUAUUGGGCUUAUCUGGUUGGGAAGUUUGGAAGUUGGGGUGAGUUUGCAUGUUGGUAUUGGUGACAUCACCUCCCAAGGGCAGUGAAGUGGAAUGGAGUCUCCUUCUUUGGAGAUCUUCAAGCAGAGGCUGGAUGGCCAUCUGUCAGGGAUGCUUUGGUUGUGAGCUCGUGCAUGGCAGAGUGGGGUUGGACUGGAUGGCCCUUGCGGUCUCUUCCAACUCUAGGAUUCUGUGAGAAGAAACGAAAUAGCCCAGAAAGGCCGAUGCCUUCCUUCCCUCCUGCACUUAGCUGGCUAGAUGCUUUGGCUGUUGGGCUGGGAAGACAGAGAGCAAAGCAGAGCCAUUAAUGGCCUUGUUUGUCCUGGGUUCUUGUAGCUCAAAGUAGUAUACCAUCAUUUCUAUAUUUGUGGGGGUUAAGGUAAAAAAACCCAAUCUGGAUAACCCAAUCUGGAUAACCCAAUCUGUGUAUGUCAGGGGUGGAGAAAGACCUCCCUGGCUGGGUCCCUCUGGAUGCCUGCCAUUUCUUUAAUUCCCAGAUGUUCAGUAACCACCUGUCUAUAGUAGGUAUAUGUUUUAUGGUUAUUAAAAUUCUGGCAGCUGUUACUGAGCAUAGAAUGAUUCUCCAAUAUUUCUUUUCUAUUUCUACUCCCAAAUAAGAAGUCAUAUGCAACAAAGAUAACUCAGAGACCAUAGGGCAUUAAGUUUUAAGUAGCCUUUGCAUUUUCCUCUGACUUUCUUCCCAGCUUUGAUAUUUUUCCUUUAUCUCUAAGAGAGAUUAUUUUAUCUAAUUCAUUUUGUUUUUCUUCAGAUCCUUCUGUACCUAAAUCAUCUUUAAACUUUAUUUAAUAUGUAUGUAUCCAUACCAUUGUAUAUUUUUACCCUCACACAUUCAUUCCUCUUUAGAUGUAAUUUCUUUUCUCUAUUCUCUUUUCUUUUAGCAAAUCUUUAUAUAUUAUCCAGUGUUUUGCUCUCCCGGUUCCUGAUUUUGUUAAAAGUCUAAUAUUUUUAUCUGUUCUCCUUUCUCUUUAAAGUAUUAGUAUACUAUUUUUGAAAGGCUUUUUUUAAAAUUCCUUCUUGUCUUAUCAGUUUUCUCCAUUUCUUAUUACUACCUUCACCUACAAGAUGAACAGAGCCAAACAGAUACCAUUAAUACUUCUGCCUCGCUCCCACAUUUCCAUUUCAACAGCCAGAAUGUCUGGCUAUCUCAGCGCAAGAAGGAAGGGAUGAUGGGCUUUUCCAUGGCCUGUUACAGACA